AAAACAAAUUAUAAUCAAUCAUGUUGUGUUGUCUGCUACAAGCGUGCGGCUAUCUGCUUUCAACCAUCAUUGGCUGCGUCGUGUUGGGAAUAGCUGUAUUACUGUAUAAAACUAAGCCUUACCCGAUAGUAACGCGGCACAAGGAUGAGACAACGUUUUUGGAUCCAAACAGCAUACGAACUAUAACAUUUCCAAGUUUGGACGAGCCGCCUACCUUGGAGCUCAGUGUGAUUGUGCCAGCAUACAAUGAGGAGCAACGAUUGCCUUCUAUGCUGGAUGAGUGCAUGGAGUUUCUGGAGCAGAAGGCAGCCAAGCAGCCCGCAUUUAGUUAUGAGGUGAUAAUUGUCAGCGACGGCAGCAGCGAUGCAACAGUUUCUGUGGGUCUUAAAUACUCGAAGAAAUUUGGCGCCGAAAAGUUGCGCGUGAUGGAGCUUGUGGAGAAUCGUGGCAAGGGAGGCGCUGUGCGCCUGGGCAUGUUGAGCGCACGUGGACGCCAAUUGCUCUUUGCUGAUGCCGACGGUGCUACAAAGUUUGCCGAUUAUGAUAAGCUGGAUGACGCCCUGUCUGGUUUAGCGUCGGAGUGGCGACAGGAUGGUAUUGCCAUUGGCUCACGCGCUCACUUGGAACACGAUUCCAUUGCCACGCGCAGCUUUCUGCGGACCAUACUUAUGCAUGGCUUCCACUCGCUUGUCUGGAUAUUUGCAGUGCGCACCAUACGCGAUACUCAGUGUGGCUUUAAGCUCUUUACACGGGCCACAGCCCGCAAACUCUUCUCCAGUCUUCAUGUGCAACGCUGGGCCUUUGAUGUGGAACUUCUUUAUCUAGCUGAACGACUUAAGCUGCCCAUGUCAGAGGUGGCAGUGCGUUGGACUGAAAUUGAUGGCUCGAAAUUGUCGCCAUUCUGGUCGUGGCUGCAAAUGGGCAUUGACUUGUUUAUGAUUUGGUUACGCUACUUGGUUGGCGCUUGGCGCAUAGCUGCAAAUCAAAAGAAAGAAAACUAAACACGACCAGCCUUAAAGCUUAGCAUAUGCAUUUAAUUUUCAAUUUGCUUCAGUUCUCUAAUACCAAAUUUUACAAUUACUUUGACUUAAGUGCACAGUAUUCUUAUAAACAGAUUUUGUCAUAAAGCCAUAAAC